AUGUAUUUUACAAAACUUUUAAUUGUCUUGACGUUCUUAAUUUAUUAUGUAUUAGCAUUACCUUAUAAGUUUAAAAUUUAUGAUGUCGAAUUAUUGGCACCUUUGAUUUCUUCCGAAAAUGCUAAUGUGAUUCCUGAUCAAUACAUUGUAAUUUUUAAAAAAUAUCUUGACCAAGAUGAAAUCGACUCUCAUUAUAACCAAAUACGUCAAUUAAUUGCUCAAAACGAUGAUGGAAUUAUCAACAUAAAUGAAAUUCGUCAUACCUACGAUUUUAAUGAUUUUAAAGGUUAUGCCGGAAGGUUUUCCGCAAAGUUAUUGAAUAAGAUUAGACAAAGUAGUGAAGUGGAUUGUGUGGAGGAAGAUCAGAUUGUUCACUUAAAUUAUAAAAAGAAUCAAAGAAAAAGAUAUAAAAUUCAAUAUAAUCCUCCGUGGGGUUUAGCCAGAAUUUCUUCUAGGAUUGAUGACUGGCCAUCUGACUCUGGAAGGUAUUGGUAUCAUGAAAGUGGUGGUGAUGGUGUGACGGUAUAUAUCAUUGAUACUGGUAUAAACAUAUACCAUGAUGAUUUUGAAGGAAGGGCUAUUUGGGGUGUUGAUUAUUCUAAUGAUGAUUAUGAUAAUGAUGGUAAUGGCCAUGGAACUCAUGUUGCUGGAAUAGUUGCGGGUAAAAUUCAUGGUGUCGCCAAGAAAGCGACAAUAGUUGCUGUCAAGGUUUUGAACUCUUACGGUUAUGGCUAUAUUUCAGACAUCCUUAAAGGUAUUGAAUGGACGGUCAUUCAACAUAAAUCGAAACAAAUGAAAAGUGGUCACAAAGGAUCUGUCAUUAAUAUGAGUUUAGGUGGUGAUAAAAGUAUCGCCACAAAUGAAGCUGUCAAUGCGGCUGUACGAGAAGGGAUCGUUGUUGCCGUGGCAGCUGGAAAUGAUAAUAAUGAUGCUUGUAAUGAAUCGCCAGCAUCUGCUGAAUUAGCUAUUACUGUAGGAGCUUCUGAUAUUUAUGAUAACUGUGCAUGGUUUUCUAAUCAUGGCAAAUGUGUCGAUAUUUUUGCUCCGGGUGUGGAUAUUGAAUCAACAUGGAUAGGUCCAGAAAAUAAUAUGGUUGCAACUUUAUCAGGAACUUCAAUGUCUUCUCCUCAUAUAAGUGGAUUAUGUGCUUUAUUUAUUUCAAUGGGUAUUGCAAAAAAUCCAAAAGAUGUUAAAAAUAAAAUUAUUGAACAUUCUACACGAGAUGCAUUAAAAAGAAUACCCAAUAUUCAUACUCCAAACAAGUUGGGAUAUAAUGCUUGGUGGUGGCAUAACAUUUUUGAUUUAAAAUUGGUUCGAGAAAAUGAAAAUGAAGUAGAGAGAGAUAAUAAAGAAUUAGUUCAUAAUAUCAAGCGUAUUUGGAAUUAUCUGUAUUAUCAGGAAAGAUCAGGUCUUAUAAAUAAAUCCACAUUUACGCAUGAUAUCUUGCCUUCUAUCAUGAAUUUCAUCUCACCUGGAAUUUUUAAACGUUGGGAUCAAACCCAAAGUUUUUCAGCAAAAGGUCGUGGAGUUCGAAAAUUUGAUGAUUUAAUUGGAUAUAUUACUAGAAACGAUCAAACUUGGUAUGAAGUUUUAUUUGUAGAAGUACCACAUGGUUCAUUUCAUAAAGAUCUGGAACCCCAUAUCGAUAAAGAUAAAAGAAAAUUUGGUAAAUUAG